AUGAGUGGUAAAGAUUUCUCAUAAUUUCUUUCAAACAAAGACAAUUAAUCAAUCUAGGAAAGUGUGAAAAAGAGUAUAGAUCCUAAUCUAUUCAUCAAUGAACAAACUCUUAAAUAAAUAGAAGCAGAAACCAACAAGCAUUUUUGGAUCAAUUACUUUACUCAAUCCAUUCUUACAACAUUCAUUGCUCCCUUAACUACCAUAUAUACAUCUUUAUAAUUGUCAGUUAUCCCUCAUUAAAAUAAAUAUGGUGAUUUACCAGAUGAAUCAGGCACUAAAACAUCUACAUAAUUAGUAAAAACAACAAGAGAUAUUCAACCUCAUGAAAAGAGGAAAUUUGAAUUAUUGAUUAAGAGUGGUGCUGUUGGAAGCAAUAAACCAUUUAGAGCUCCUAUANUAUGAAGAAUUACCAGAAGAAUUAAAUUAAUAAGAAUUCUAUGAAGAAAUAAAUGAUAUAUAAUCAGAUUAAAUUGAAUUUGAUUAGUCAACAGAUGAUGAUUCAGAUUCAGAAGAUACGGACAAUCAAAAUAUUCCAAAAGCUGAUUUAUUAGAGGUUUAAUAAAAUGAAAUGUGCUUCUAAGCUUUUUCAGAAUGUGAUUUCUAAGGUGCUUCACUUAAAAUUUGUGGACCUAAUCCAAGUAUUCCAAAGGAGUUAUAAAACUUUUUAAUCUAAUCUAUAAAAAUGCCUGAUUAAAUAAGAAUUACAUUCUAUACAAAUUAACAAUAGAAAAUCACCAUUGAAGGAGAUUAAGAAUGCUUAUAAAGACCUUUUGAAAUAGAUUAAAUGAAACCUUAAAGAUAACUGUUGAGUCAUUAAUGA